AUGGAGACCCCGGCGGGUCCGCGUCGGUCGCGGCGGCGCUCCGCGGGCGCGGCGGGGGCGGGCGACUCGGACGACGACGAGGCGAUCGUGCUGGACUCGCCGUCGCCGUCGGGGGAGAGGGGUGCCAACUCGGACCCGCUGCUCUCGGACGUCUCCGCGUCGGCGUUGAAGAAGAAGCCAGCCGCGGAGCUCGCGUCGCGGUGCGUCGACCUCGCCAAACGCUGCCGCCGCCUCCGCGAAAAGUGCGUCGCGGCGGAGAAGAACGUGGCGCGCGAGCGCGAGCGCGCGAGGGAGGCGGCGGACGCCGCGGCGGCGAGGGAUCUCGAGCGCGAGGACGUGGAAGAGCUCAGGCGCGUUCCAUCUCGCACCGACCGACUCGAGCGCGCCGAGAUCGAACUCGAAAACGUCAAGCGUUCGCUCGAGAACGCCAAGUACCAAGAGCGAACGCUCAAGGCGAAGGCGAAGAAGGCGCAGGAGGAGCUCAGCGCGCGUCAGUGCGAGCACCAGCAAGCGCGCGCGAAGCUCGCGGCGAUGGAGAACCAGCGGAAGCUAGAGAAGGAGCUGAUGGGCGCGGGCGGCGGCGCGGGAGGCGCGGGCGGGGAGGAGGUGUUGUUCGAGCGGUUCCGCGCGAUGGCGAAGAGCGAUCCUCGCGGGUGCGUCGAGACGCUUUGCCGGUCUCUCGCGGGGAAGAAUAAGCUGCUCGCGACACGCGCGGAGGAGUACGAUAAGCUGAGCGCGCGGAUGAAGGCGAAGGAGAAGAAGCUGAAGGACGCGGAGGCGAAGGCGGCGGCGAGCGGCGGGGGCGGGGGCGGGGGCGGGGGCGGGGGCGGGGGCGGGGCGGGGGUAUUUCCCGCGUCGCUCGAAGCGGGCGGGAGAGCCGCGCGCGGGCGCGGCGCGUGGGGGUACGACGACGAAGAGGACGCGUGGAAUCGCGGCGAGAAGAGCGAGAACGACGACGGGGCGCGGCGCGGCGGCGGCGGCGGCGCGAGGCGCGGCGUCAAAGCCUCGAAGCCGUUGCGGGAUCUCAACGCGGGCGGCGGCGCGACGAUCCUGUCGCGCGCGGCGCCGCCCGCGGCGUCGAAGAAACGCGAUCGCAGCGGCGAGGACUUGUUGGACGACAUCUUGAACGGCAUCGACGACGUCGGCGGCGGCGACGGCGCGGCGGCGGCGGAGAAAGCGUCGAGGAGAAGAGAGGGGAAAACGAACGCGUCGUCGUCCUCGGGGUUGCGUCGCGCCGGGUCGAUGCCGACGGGCGCGGCGUCGUUCUCGCGCCGCGGCGACGGCGACGACGGCCGCGGAGGAGGAGGAGGAGGCGGCGGCGGCGGGAGUCACGGCGACGCGGAGGGGCGGUUCAUAAUACACGGCGCGGACGGACGAGGCGGGCGUACGAAGGUCGUUCGCCCGGGCGGCGGCGGAGAGGCGUCGGCGAUGCUGCGCGCCGUCGUCGUCCCGUCCGCCGCCGUCGCGCCCGCGCGUCGUCCCGCCGCGAACGCCGGCGGGCUCCAGAUGGAGCACUUCUUCUCUCGCGGGCACGGCGGGAUGUAG